AUGUACCCUUAUGGAGGACAACAGCAAGGGGCGCCUUUUUACCAAGGUAACCCUUACCAAUCUCCAGCAAUGCAGCAGCAGCAGCAACAACAGCAACCAUACCACCAGAAUCCUUAUCAUCGACAAUCUACAAUACCUAAUUUCAAUACCCCACAAUAUCAGCCGCCGCAAACUUUACAUCAAACCAAUUUCAAUCAUACACCACUUCAAAGAAGCAAUACCUUUAGUAAGUCAAAUGCAAUCGGUGGAUGUGAUUAA